AUGGCUGACGUCGUUAGUGUGAUUGCAGCUGCUCUUGUCGCUAGAAGCUUCAGACGGGAGCGAGUUUUUCGCUCGCCCGAGGAUGCUUUCGCAUACGACGAACAACAAUUUCGAGACUUGUUCCGUCUUCCGAAAGACGCCGUACGUGCGCUGUGUGAUGAGCUGCGCGACAUUCUCAGUCCGAGGACUGCGAGGAGAACAGCGCUUUCUGUGGAAGCUAAGGUGCUGAUCGCACUGCGGUUCUACGCAACAGGGAGCUAUCAAAGAUGUGUCGGGCAGGAGGUCACUAUUUCUAUUGUACAAUCUUGUGUCAGUGACUGCAUCAGCAGUGUCAGUAAGGCGAUAUGUGACCUCCUCCUGACGCGGUAUUGUAGUUUCCCGCGGACCGCGGAGGAACUGACGCACUUGAAGAUGGGCUUCACCUCAGUAUCGGGAAUGCCAGCCUGCAUAGGAGCCAUAGACUGCACGCACGUUGCCAUAAUUGGCCCGUCAGAGCCAACCUACAGAGAAUGUGUGUAUGUCAACAGGAAGGGGUACCACUCCCUGAAUGUGCAGAUGGUAUGUGAUACAGAGCUGUUCAUACUCAAUGUGAACGCAAGGUAUCCUGGGAGUUCCCAUGACUCUUUUAUUUGGAGGCAUUCCCUUCUUCGUGACCUUUUCAUAGGGGGCCAUAUCACAAAUGGCGAAGGUGGCUGGCUAGUUGGUGACAGUGGGUACCCGCUUGAACCAUGGCUUCUCACUCCAAUUCUUGGCGAACAACAGUCUCCUCAAGAAGAGAUGUUCAACAUGGCACAUGCACGUGCAAGAAUUUUUAUUGAGAGGUGUUUUGGGGUGCUAAAGUCAAGGUUUCGAUGCCUUCUGCGCUUUAGAGCACUUCAUUAUAGCCCCACCAAAGCAGCAUAUAUUGUCAAUGCUUGUGCAGUCCUUCACAAUAUAUGCAAGCUGUACCAUGUUCCAGACCCUGACCCUGAACCUGUGGAAGAUAUGCCACUGGAAAACAUGCAGGGCCUUAUGAGUGGGCACAUGCUCGACGGAAGUGAUGUAAGGGCUCGUGGGGCAGCGGUGAGGCAUUAUGUUGUGCAGUACCUUGCACAAAGGUGA